ACUUUGGCCGAGGACAGCGGUGGCCGCGUGUUGGGAGGUGGGUCCAGCGCUAUAAAACCUGUGCGCGCUGGGAGCGGGAGAGGACGCCUGCCCGAGCCCCAGUUCGGUCGGCGACGCCAUGGACACCCGGUUCCUCCUGCCCCUGUGUCUCGUCCUCCUGCUGCUAGGAUGUGAGGUUCAGGGCACCCAUCCGACCGAGCAAGACGAGCCCCCCAGCCCAGCCCUGCUGGCCCAAGUGCAGGAGGCCCUCUCCAUGUACUGGGACACUGCCAAGGCGGCUGCCCAGGGCCUAUACGAGAAGACAUAUCUGCCCACCAUGGACGAGAAGAUCAGGGACAUGUACAACAAAGGCUCGGCUGCCAUCAGCACUUACACAGGCAUCUUUACUGACCAAAUCAUGACCAUACUCCAGGGAGAAGAAUGACAGCCAGGAGAGGGGGGAUAAUCCUAGGUCCUGGCACCACCCACAGGGUCCCCGGACUGCCCAAGGUGGGACUAAGCUCCUCCAUCCCAGCACGUCUCAGCUACCUGCCUCCAACUCUGGCCUGAAUCUUAUUAAUGAAUGAAUAAAUAAAAACAUAAGCUGUC